CAAACAAUUACUUGUUACAUGCAAAAUGAUGAAAUCUCCUAAUUUCCCAACUCAAAUCAUUUCUCCUAUCGAAGAUAACGAUGUGGAGAAAUGGUCAAUCGGGCUACCUAAAGCACGCUUUUGGGAUGCAAUGGACAUCACCCAAUGGGAAGGCUUUUGGUUCGGGCCGGGCUUAUUGAAGCCCGCAUUAACGUUCCGGUCGAGUUUCGAAGCCCGAGAUGAUGAUGUCAUCCUUGCAUCGACCAUGAAAACCGGCACCACGUGGCUCAAAUCACUUUCCCUCUGCAUCCUAAAAAAUCAUGACGACUGCAAACAUGACAUGCUGGCUACUGAAAAUCCUCAUUUCCACGUCCCGACAAUCGAGAGCGCUCUUUUCUCUACCAAGCCACUACACGUCGACAUCUACGACGCGUCAUGUCCCCGCCUUCUCCACACACACCUGCCGUACGCCGUGCUGCCCGACUCGGUCAAAGAGUCGGACUGCAAGGUCGUGUACUUGGCACGGAACCCUAAGGACACCCUGAUCUCGAUGUGGCAUUUCUUCAACUCAUUCCUAAGGCCCGACCAGGAACCGUUCCCGCUGGAUAAAGCGGUUGACUGUUUCUGCUCGGGCCUACAUCAAUACGGGCCGUUCUCCGACCACGUGGCAGAGUACUGGCUCGAGAGCCAGAAAAGGCCCGACAAAAUCUUGUUCGUGAAGUACGAGGAGAUGAAAUCCGACCCGAAGGGACAAGUUUCGAGGAUCGCCGAGUUCUUAGGGAGGCCAUUUGGAGAGGAGGGACAAGUUGAUGAUGUUUUGUGGAGGUGUAGUUUGGAGAGGCUCAAGAAUUUGGAGGUGAAUAAGAAUGGAUCAAUUUUAUUGAAUGUGCCCAAUACAUCUUUUUUUAGGAAAGGUGAAGUUGGAGAUUGGAAGAAUUAUUUGACUUCGGAAAUGGAAGAUCGAAUUGAUCAAACCAUUGGGCUUAAGCUUGAGGACUUUGGGCUUAUUCUAUAAUUAUUUUCAUAUGUUUUUGUGUU